UUGCUAGAAGCCUCUCCGGGUCUGUCCGUGAAGCUCUAUUAGCUGGGUCCCACUGUCCAGUCAGGACCCCUCAGUCGCUUGCUACCCCCACCCCACAGCCCCACCACGCCCCCGCCGCCCGCCGGAAUAUCCCGCCCCGCCCAAUCCAGUGAGUAUCCGCGUCCCCCGCGGCGGCGCCAUGCGUCUCCUUCCCCUCGUCCUCGCCCUCUCGCUCGCUGCGGCGUCGUCCGCCGCCGCGACCGCGAGCGGCGCCUGGUCCGUCCUCCGCACGGUCACGGACGCCCCGACGGCGGCUUCCUCCGACGACGCCGACACGCUCUUCUGCGACAGCUGGAGGCUGUCCGUGGAGACGGCCAACGCGGGGCCCUGGGGCGCCAUCCCCGUGCGCUGCGUGGCGUUCGUGCAGGCGUACAUGGAGGGUCCCCGCUACGCGUCCGACUCCGCCGUCGCCGCCGCCGACUCCCUCGCAUUCGCCUCCGGCGCCCUGGCCGCCGCCGAGGCGGGCGCUGCGAAGCCCGCGUGGGUGUUCGACGUCGACGAGACGCUGCUCACCAACGCGCCCUACUACGCGGUCAACGGAUGGGGAUCUCAGGAAUUCAAUGAGACCUCCUUUGAUGAAUGGGUAGAUGCAGCAAAGGCGCCUGCAUUACCAUCUAGCCUGAAACUGUACAAGGAGCUUCAGGGACUUGGUUUCCACAUUAUCCUCUUGACUGGCCGGACUGAAUUCCAGCGUAAUUCAACAGAAGCAAAUCUUUUGUUUGCUGGAUACCAAUCAUGGGAAAAACUAAUACUAAGGCAACCUUCUGAUAUUGGCAAGACUGCUGUGCUGUACAAAUCAGAGAGACGAGCAGCGAUGGAGGCUGAAGGAUUCAAGAUACUUGGAAAUUCAGGGGAUCAGUGGAGUGAUUUGAUAGGACCUCCAAUGGCAACGAGAUCCUUCAAGCUUCCAAAUCCAAUGUACUUUAUCAGUUGAUUUUAUUGGUGGAACGGUGGAGGAAAUAGCUGUUCCUUUUGUAGGGCAUUCAUAGCAUCUUUAUGGUCCCAUUCUGUAACUGCUUUCAUUUUCAAAGAUUUCAUUAGUCAUCAAUUGUGCCCAUAAAUUUGCAUUUAUCUUCAAGCACUCGGAGAUCGCACUGGGGGUGAGGCCAUUUAAUCUGUUCAAUGAUGGUUUGUAACUGAUGCAUCACUUUCCAUACUGCAUUUGCUGCUUAUGCAAAUUGUGAAACUAGUCAAACUGCUUUCAUUUGUAAAGCAUCCAUGUUCAAAGUUGAAGUGGAUGGAAUUUUCAUUCAUGUUUUUUAAUUUGGGUAUGUUCA